AUGUAUUUAUCUCACGUGCCAUUUUCCUACUUUUUUACAGGUCCCGCUCGCGCCUCUGCAGUAUACCCGCUGACCUACCGAACACGGACACGAGAUGUCAGUUUGUUUGGAAACCCGGCAGGAUUCGCUAGGAAUGUUCGAUUUGCUCCAGGACCUGAUAAGAAACCGUACGGCUCAUAUCAGUUCCUUGGUCGACCAGACAGUUACAUUGAAUUUCCAAAUCGUGGCAAAAUAGACACAAAACGUUCCAUCACGCUUUUAGCGUGGAUCUACCACCAAGGACAAGCAGGCCCCAUUUUUAAUUACAAGCCAAAUGGUUGGGGUGUUCACUUUUGGAUGGUUUCACCUAGAACGCUGUUUGUCCGCUUUACGCGCCGUGGACGGCUUCGCUCCACCAAAUCGGUUAUGAGCAGGAGGGUCUUACCCGGUCGGUGGCAGUUCGUUGGUGCAAGUUACAACCAGCGCACAGGGCAAGCGAAGUUGUUCAUUAAUGGCAGGUUUACAGCGACGACGUACAUCGGGAGAAUCAGACUUGCAACGAAUUAUCCGGUCAGAAUGGGUGCCCGUGUUGGCGAUAGAAGAUAUUUCAAGGGACGAAUCUCGUGUAUGCAAGUGUAUGAUCGCGCUCUCACAGCAAAGCAAAUUUUACGCCGAAAGACCAGAUGCUUCAGAAAAGGUCCUGUUGUUAUUCCUGGUGUUCCAGUCAGUCCAAUCCGUCCAGCAGGAAAAGUCUGCCUGGCCAAGAUCGACAUGACGUUCCUCAUCGAUGGCUCCGGCAGUAUUGAGGCGUAUGGCAAAGGGAAUUUCAAACGCUGUCUAGAUUUCGUCAAAAGAAUGGUCGUAUCCUUCAAAAUCUCUCAAAGACUUACUCGAGUCGGCGUGGUGCUUUUCUCCCACCGUCCUCGCCUUAUAUUCAGCUUCAGCACUUACAGUAGAGCUCGUGAUAUCUUAAAAGCUAUCGACAGAAUUAGAUAUCCACGAGGAGGCACUAAAACAGGCAUGGCAAUGUACUAUGCCCAGCGGACUCUGUUUAGGCGCAAGCACAGACACCGUAAGCAAGUCAUGAUUGUGAUGACGGAUGGUCGUUCCCAGGACCGUGUGAGCGGAGCUGCACGUGCACUAAAAAAACAGGGCGUGGUGUUAUUUGCUGUCGGUAUUGGCAAGCGAUACAACAUUAACCAAUUGAUCCAUAUCGCGUCUUCAAGACGGCAUGUCUUCACAGCGGGAUUUAGGAAUUUGCCGUCCAUUGUCAGGAUUAUUAAGACAAAGGCAUGCGCAGGUGCUGUCAAACCAAGCAAACCAGGAAAACCUUCCCGUCCAGCGCGUUAUGUUCGUGCCAUGGCUUUAUAUCCACUGUCAUAUCGAACAAAGGGAAGAGACAUCGGCGUCUUCUCCAAUCCUCCCGGAGUUCGAGGUCUUGUCAGAUAUGCGACCGGUCCAGACGGGCGACCUAACACCGCAACCCAGUUCUUCGGUAAGCCUAACAGCUUCAUUCAGUUUCCCAACAGAGGCAAGCUUGACACGAAACGAUCUAUCACUCUAUUGGCUUGGAUCUACCAUGAAGGAAGUUCGGGUCCUAUUUUCAACUACAUGCCGAAUGGUUGGGGCGUCCAUCUCUGGAUGACAUCUCCUACCACUCUCUUUGCACGGUUCACACGUCGUCAAGGACGCCGCUUCACUCCUGACAUUCAAUACCGCGGCGUCGCGCACAGAAGGUGGCAAUACGUAGCUGCGAGUUAUGAUGGCGGGAGCGGCACGGCUAAGCUGUACCUGAAUAGCAGACUGGUUGCGCGAAAGCGUAUUGGAAUAUUUAGAAUAGCAACAAAUUAUCCUGUCAGGAUGGGUGCAAGGGUUGGUGACAGUCGCUUCUUCAAAGGGAGAAUCUCUUGUAUGCAGGUGUACAGUGUGGCGUUGAACUCCAGACAGAUUGCAGCUCGAAGCAGAAGAUGUUUCUUGAAAAGUACUGUAACACCUGGUCGCCCUGUGGUUCCAGGUGGAGUGCCCUUCCGUCCAGGCAAACCAAUGUGCAAAGCUAAGGUUGAUCUUGGUUUCCUUGUUGAUGCCUCUGGAAGUAUUGAAAUGUACGGCCGUGGUAAUUACCAGCGCAUGAAAGACUUCAUCAAAGAAGUGGCGGGAAGCUUCGUUGUCUCCAGGCAUGGAACUCACGUUGGUUUAGUCGUGUUCGCCAGCAGACCUGAGCCAGUGUUCCAGUUUAACACCUACUACACGAGGCGAGGCGUCAUGAAUGCUGUCCAAAAGAUCCCGUAUAUCAACGGAGGAACCCGGACCGGCUUAGCUAUAAGAAGAGCUACUCGGUACCUGUUCAAACCUCGCCCCCAACCCGGACGAAAGAAAGUGUUGAUUGUCAUGACAGACGGUAUCUCGUACGAUGAUGUUAUUGUCCCAGCAAGAAGACUUCGUCGCACUGGUGUCUCCAUAUAUGCACUCGGAAUCGGUCUUAAGUACAGUCGACGGCAGCUUGGCAAAAUUGCCGGAACUCCGAGACAUGUGUUUACCUCGAAGUUCGCGACUCUCCGAAAGGCCGCUCGUAAAAUCGUGAGUCGCAUAUGCGCGGAACCAGGAGCCAAACCCAUAAAACCAGUUGGUCCAAAACCUGUUAGACCUCGCCAACCAGUACGUGCUGUGGCUAUUUAUCCACUGAAUGGAGGAGUGAAAGGCCGCGACAUUAGCUUGAGCAAAAAUCCAACCGCCAUCCUAAGUAACGUGAGGCCCGCACCAGGACCUGACCGGACCCGCGAUGGAUCGUACCAGUUCUUUGGUAAAUCCAACAGCUACAUCCAUUUCCCUAAUCGCGGAAAGUUGGAUACCAGACGAUCGAUUACCCUGAUGGCGUGGAUCUACCAUCAGGGACGCGCAGGACCCAUCUUCAACUACAUGCCGAAUGGCUGGGGCGUGCACUUCUGGAUGAUUACACCGAGAACGCUGUUCGUGCGGUUUACACGUCGACAAGGACGCCGCUUUACUAAGGCGGUGAUGAGCAGAAGAGUCGUACCCAAUCGAUGGCAGCUUGUCGCCACGACCUUUGAUGGAAGGUCCGGACAAGCUAGACUGUUUAUUCAAAGGCAGUUUGUGGCCCAAGAGUACGUUGGAAGAAUACGACUGGCAACGAAUUAUCCCGUGAGAAUGGGAGCACGUAUUGGUGAUUCACGGUUCUUCUUUGGACGGAUCUCGUGUAUGCAGGUGUAUCCAAUGGCGCUGACAAGAAGACAAAUACUUGCGCGCAAGACAAGGUGCUUUAGAAAAGUUAUUCGACCUCCUCCAAGGCCAAGACCGAGACCCGGACCCAGGCCCAGGCCCCAACCUCCAAUUCCUGGCCCGGCGGGGAAGAUAUGCCGUGCCAAAAUAGACUUGGUCUUCGUAGUUGAUGGCUCUGGGAGCAUAGAAGCAUACGGCAGAGGAAACUUCAAGCGAUGCCUCCGUUUCGUCAAAAAUAUGGUUCGUUCCUUUACCAUAUCAAGAAGCUACGUGAGAGUUGGAAUUGUGGUUUACUCCUCGCGCUCACGAUUAAUACUCACCUUCAACCAAAAUCGCGGAGUUAACAAUGUACUCCGCACUAUCGACAGAAUCAGAUAUCCCAGAAGAGGUACCCGAACAGGUGCAGCGCUCUCAUUUGCUUACUCCCGCCUCUUGGCUGGCGCAAGGAAACGAAGUUCAAAGGUUGUCAUUUGUAUGACUGAUGGUCGUUCACAAGAUGAUGUAAGAGGCCCUGCCAACCUGAUGCGCAGGCGUGGUGUGAAGAUAUUUUCGCUUGGUAUUGGCAAACGCUACAACAUGAGACAGUUGCUUCAGAUGUCCGGAAACCGUCGUAAGGUUUUCACAGCUGACUUCAAAAAUCUCGGUUCCGUGGUGCGCGCUAUCAAGCAGAAGGCGUGUAGAGUUUCCAAACCAACGCGACCGACUAAGCCUGGAAAACCGUCUGCCGUUGGCCGCGCAGGCGCUGUGUAUCCACUAAGCUCGUCCACGGCUGCGAGAGAUAUCAGUACCAAUGGCAAUCCGCCAGGCCGACGCGUCUAUGUCAGGUUUACCCCAGGUCCCGACGGAGUCCGGGGAACAGCGACGUCGUUUUACGGCCGUGCGAACAGCUACAUCGAGUUUCCGAACCGCGGUAGACUGGACACUAGAAGAUCCAUCACAUUGAUAGCCUGGAUCAGACACCUUGGACGCGCGGGUCCGAUCUUCAACUACAUGCCGAACGGCUGGGGCGUGCACUUCUGGAUGGUUAACCCACGGACGCUAUUUGCACGCUUCACGCGUCGAAGAGGCAGGCGCUUCACACCCGCAGUGUCCAGUCGCACAGUUCGUUACCGUGCAUGGAACUAUGUGGGCUGCACGUAUGAUUAUCGCACUGGCAUUGCUAGGCUUUUUGUUGGAAACAGAUUUGUUGCGUCUCGCCGUAUUGGUCGCAUUAGACUUGCAACUAAUUACCCAGUGAGAAUGGGAGCCAGGAUUGGAGACGGGAGAUAUUUCCGAGGUAGUAUUUCCUGUAUGCAGGUGUAUAAGAAGGCGUUGACUGCAGGACAGAUCCUUGCGAGACGAACGAGAUGCUUUAAGAGAGUUCCACGACCGCAGCCUCCACGGCCAAGACCAAGACCUGGCCCUAGACCCAGGCCUCCCAUUCGUCCUUACCCUGGUGGAAAAGUGUGCCGGGCCAGAAUCGACCUCGCCUUUGUCAUAGACGCUUCCGGUAGUGUUGGCCGCGCUAACUUCCGCCGUUGUCUAACCUUCGUCAAAAACAUGGCCCGAGUGUUCACAAUCUCCCGAAGCUACACCCGCUUUGCUGUGGUGCUUUAUUCAUCGCGUCCCUCUAAAAUAUUCGGUUUCAAUCGCUACCUUAAUCAACACUCCCUGCUUCGAGCGAUUGGCCGCAUACGAUACACUGGCGGCGGAACUAAGACGGGUUACGCACUAACUUACACUUAUCAAAGACUCCUACGCUACAGCAGACGAAAGAACAAAGUCGUGGUUGUCAUGACUGAUGGUCGCUCGUAUGAUAAAGUGCAGCCACCAGCCUUGGCUAUCCGUCGUAAAGGGAUAAAGAUACUUACCUUAGGGGUAGGAAAGGGCUACAGCAUGAAGCAACUGAUACAGAUGUCAUCCAACAGACGGGAUGUUUUCACCGCUGAUUUUAAGAACUUGGGAUCUGUUGUGAAGAUAAUCAAAAGAAGAGCUUGUAAAGCUGGUAAACCUCGACCUCCGAGACCACCACGCCCACCAAAACCAGUUGUAAUAAAACGAGCUGUGGCUGUGUACCCACUGAACCGUAACACUCAAGGCAGAGACAUCAGCUUCGCAAGAAAUCCCAACGGUAGACUAGGUAGGGUCAGAUUUGCCAAGGGACCUGAUAACUUGCCGGGCGGUUCGAUUGAAUUCUUUGGCCGUAGCAACAGCUACGUAGAGUUUCCUAACCGAGGAAAACUCGACACUGGUCGUUCUAUAACUCUAUUGGCGUGGAUCUACCAUACUGGUCGAGCAGGACCCAUCUUUAAUUACAUGCCGAACGGAUGGGGCGUACACUUUUGGAUGGUUACACCGUCGACGCUUUUUGCACGGUUUACACGUCGUACAGGAAGGCGUUUCACGCGGGCGAUUUACAGUCGAAGUGUGAAGCCGCGUAAAUGGCAGUUCGUUGGUGCUACCUACAACUACAGAACUGGUGUAGCGCGUUUGUUUGUGAACUCGCGGUUUGUAGUGUCCACUCGUGUAGGACAAAUAAGACUGGCGACUAACUACCCUGUCAGGAUGGGAGCACGUAUUGGAGACAGAAGAUAUUUCAAGGGAAGAGUUUCAUGCAUGCAAGUCUAUAGCCAAGCUUUGAACAGGAAUCAGAUACUUGUUCGUCAAAGAAGGUGUUUCCGAGCAGUGAGACCUCGACCCAGACCUGUGCGGCCGGUAAGACCAACUCGACCUAAAGUUAAAACCCAAGCCGUGGCUAUUUUCCCUCUCAAUGGAGGAACCAAGGGCAGAGACAUCAGUAACCGUGGCAAUUCGCGCGGAAUACUCAGUUAUGUCCGCCCUGCGCCCGGACCGGAUGGAACACGUGACGGCUCUUAUCAGUUCUACGGAAGAAGCAACAGUUAUAUCCAAUUCCCUAACCGAGGAGGCCUAGAUACUAAGAAUUCAAUAUCUCUCCUGGCCUGGAUUUUACAUCAGGGACGCGCAGGACCCAUCUUCAACUACAUGCCCAACGGUUGGGGUGUGCACUUCUGGAUGAUUACUCCGAGAACGCUGUUUGUGCGGUUUACGCGCCGCAGAGGACGCCGCUUUACGAGUGCUGUUGUUAGUAGGAGCGUGAUUCCAGGAAGAUGGCAGUUUGUCGGCGCAACGUAUAACGGAAGAACAGGGAAAGCGAAGUUGUUUGUAAACAACAAAUUCACGGCAAGGAAGUACAUCGGACAAAUACGGCUGGCGACUAAUUACCCAGUGAGAAUGGGAGCUCGUAUUGGCGAUGGACGAUAUUUCCGAGGACGAAUCUCCUGUAUGCAAGUUUACAAUGGGGCUUUGUCUCGCUGGAAAAUUAAUUCUAAGAAACGAAGAUGCUUUAGAAGAAAAGUUCGACCUGGGCCCAGACCCCGCCCACGGCCACGACCAGUACCACUUCCAAGACCUAAGCCCAGACCCAGGCCAAAACCCGGAAAAGUUUGUAUUGCGAAAUUGGAUCUCGCCUUCCUCAUCGACGGCUCAGGUAGCGUUGGCUUUUCAAACUUCCGCCGUUGCCUGGUAUUCAUCCAGAACGUUAUUCGAGGAUUCAGGAUCUCUCAGCGAUACACACGCAUUGCUGCUGAAGUUUACUCUUCAACUCCACGCAGAACAUUCCAAUUUACCCGAUACAGUAAUGCUUACCAAGUCCUCAGGGCCGUUGGAUCCAUAAAGUACCCGCGUGGUGGAACAAACACCGGGAAGGCUCUUUGGGACGUGCUUAGAUACGUGUUCCGCGGUAGGACCAACCGGAAAAGGGUCCUUUGUGUAUUGACCGACGGACGUUCUCAAGACCAUGUGUUGAAACCCGCCCAAGCGCUGAAGCGAGCGAAUGUUGAAGUUUUCUCGGUCGGUGUCGGCAGAGGAUACAGUAUUACUCAGCUAAACCAAAUGGCAACAGACCGCAAUCACGUGUUCACAGUUGAUUUCAGAAACCUCAACUCAAUCAUUAAGGCCAUUAAAAAGAAGGCUUGUAAAGGAGGACAGAAACCACCAUCGCCUCACAGACCCUCAGGAACCCUGCGGGCGGUUGCUGUAUACCCAUUGAACUCCCUCACCAAGUCACGCGACAUUAGCUUCAACAGGAAUCCGCCGGGUAUCAUGUCAAAUGUUCGACCAGCCCCAGGUCCCGACGGACGACGUGGAACAAGCUAUGAGUUCUUAGGGCGACGCAACAGCUUUAUCCAGUUCCCUAACUUCGGAAAAAUAGACACCAAAAAAUCCAUAACUAUUUUAGCUUGGGUAUACCACCAGGGUCGGGCAGGACCCAUAUUCAACUAUCACCCCAGCGCGUGGGGUGUACACUUCUGGAUGGUUGGACCACGCGCUCUGUUCGUUAGAUUCACGAAGAGGAGGACUAAAGACUUCACAGCUGCUUUAAUGAGCCGAACCGUUAAGCCAAGUCACUGGCAAUACGUGGGUGCCUCCUAUGAUCACUCAACUGGAAUGGCCAAGUUGUUCGUCGGUGGAAGACUGGUUUCAAGGAAACGAAUUGGAAGAAUACGAUUGGCUACGAAUUAUCCUGCGAGAAUGGGGGUGAGGAUUGGCGAUGGAAGGUAUUUCCGUGGACGUAUUUCAUGUCUCCAGGUUUACAGUGCCCCCUUAAAUGCCAGACAAAUAGCUGCGCGUGCAAAGAGAUGUUUUGUUCCAGGACUUCCCAAACCACGCCCGCCACCACGCCCAACUGGACAGCUGUUUAAACGAAGAGGUUGCUAUAAAGACAGAUCUCGCAGAGCCAUGGGUAUACUUCUUGGCAACCUACGACGAAGGCGAGAUGCAGUCAUGCGUUGCUUUCUUUUGGCGUCCAGGCGGGGAUAUCGAGCAUUCGGUGUCCAGGAUGGCGGAGAAUGCUUCUCUGGCCCUCAGGCGCACCGCACGUUCAGCAAAUAUGGCCGAUCGGGUAGAUGUAAAAAUGGAAGAGGAGGACCAUGGGCGAAUGAUGUGUAUAUAAUUAUUAGAAAACGACCUAUUCCGCGACCUCUUCCUCGGCCCAGACCUCAACCACGCCCUGCUCUACCAGUUUGCAAAGCCCGUUUAGACUUGGGCUUCAUUGUAGAUGGUUCCGGAAGUGUUGGUCGUGCAAAUUUCAUUAGAUGUCUGAACUUCAUCAAGAAUUUAGUCAGCUCGUUUGUAAUCUCUCCCGGCCAUUCUAGAGUGGGACUUCUAAUAUACUCUCACCGCGUCAUUCCAGUAUUCUCUUUCGGUCAACGCCCACGUUUGCGUGGGGUCCUACGGGCAAUUAGUAGAAUCAGGUAUCCUGGAGGGGGUACUAAGACCGGUAAGGCUCUGUCUUACUCUAGGAGGUACCUGUUCGCCCGAAGCAGCCUCCGUAAGAUUUUAAUACUGAUGACAGAUGGCAAGUCGUACGAUAGAGUCAAGAAACCUGCAGCAGUGCUACGUAACAUGGGAGUGCAGGUGUUUGCUCUGGGUGUCGGAAAACGUUACAGCAUGAAACAACUUUUGCAGAUUGCAAGCAAUCGACGGCAUGUCUUUACAGCAGACUUUAGGAACUUGGGAUCGUUUGUGAGGGCCAUCAAACAGAAAGCUUGUCGAGGUAUUACCAAGAAACCGAAAAAACCACACGCCAUGUCCGCUGUCGCCAUAUUCCCGUUCAGUAAAACAUACAGAGGAAGAGAACUUCGCAACAGGAACCCACCAGGUUACCCGUCUCACGUCCUAUUCACCCCCGGUCCCGAUGGAUUACCAUACGGUUCUUAUUACUUCCUUGGUCGACCAAACAGCUACGUGGAGAUUCCUAACAAAGGAACACUGGAUGUUCGUAACUGCAUCACCAUCUUGGCCUGGAUUUAUCACGAAGGAAACGCAGGACCGAUUGUGAACUACAAGCGCAAUGGAUGGGGCGUCCAUCUCUGGAUGGUCAACCCCAGAACGCUGUUUGUGCGUUAUACACAGCGUCUUGGACGGCGCUUCACGCACGCUUUGGCGUACCGCGGUGUAAAACCGCGAACAUGGCAGUUCGUUGGAACUUCGUACAAUCGAAACACAGGCGUUGCCAAAUUGUAUAUUAACGGCAAGAUGGUUUCGCGCCGAAAGAUCAGAAAGAUUUCAUUGGCUACCAAUUACGAGAUCAGAGUUGGAGCCCGUCAGGGUGACCGUCGCUAUUUCCGAGGUCGAAUUGCUUGCUUACAAUUUUAUAGCGCUGCUUUGACGACUAACAUGAUCCGUCGGCGAAUGAGGGCUUGCUUUAGAAGAGGUAAGCUUAAAUGGAAGUCUAUUUUAAGGAGUGGAUAA